CCCGGUGGCCUCCGGCUCCACGUAGGAGCUGGCUCUGGCUGCCGGCUGCGGUCAGGGCCACCAUAUAAAUAGGGCGGGAGGCUGAGCGCCGAGGACUUGCCGCUGCCCCCUGCCUCGGCCCCAGACGUCCCGGCCAUGGCCCGCCCGAUGCUCCUGCUCAGCCUCAGCCUGGGCCUCCUGGCCAGCCUGCUGCCUGCGCUGGCCGCCUGCCCCCAGAACUGCCACUGCCACAGCGACCUGCAGCAUGUCAUCUGCGACAAGGUGGGGCUGCAGAAGAUCCCCAAGGUGUCAGAGAAGACCAAGCUGCUUAACCUACAGCGCAACAACUUCCCUGUGCUGGCAGCCAACUCAUUUCGGGCCAUGCCCAGCCUCGUGUCUCUGCACCUGCAGCAUUGUCAGAUCCGCGAGGUGGCCGCUGGCGCCUUCCGCGGCCUCAAGCAGCUCAUCUACCUGUACCUGUCCCAUAACGACAUCCGCGUGCUGCGCGCCGGUGCCUUUGACGACCUGACCGAGCUCACCUACCUCUACCUGGACCACAAUAAGGUGACGGAGCUGCCCCGGGGGCUGCUCUCCCCUCUCGUCAACCUUUUCAUCCUGCAGCUCAACAACAACAAGAUCCGAGAGCUGCGCUCAGGCGCCUUCCAGGGCGCCAAGGACCUGCGCUGGCUCUACCUGUCGGAAAACUCACUCAGUUCCCUGCAGCCAGGCGCUCUGGAUGACGUGGAAAACCUCGCCAAGUUCUACCUGGACAGGAACCAGCUGUCCAGCUACCCCUCAGCUGCUCUGAGCAAGCUGAGGGUGGUGGAGGAGCUGAAGCUGUCCCACAAUCCCCUGAAAAGCAUUCCCGAUAAUGCCUUCCAGUCCUUCGGCAGAUACCUGGAGACGCUGUGGCUGGACAACACCAACCUGGAGAAGUUUUCUGACGGUGCCUUCCUGGGUGUGACCACGCUGAAACAUGUCCAUCUGGAGAACAACCGCCUGCACCAGCUGCCCUCCAACUUCCCCUUUGACAGCCUGGAGACCCUCACCCUCACCAACAACCCCUGGAAGUGUACCUGCCAGCUCCGGGGCCUUCGGAGGUGGCUGGAAGCUAAGACCUCUCGCCCUGAUGCCACUUGCGCAUCGCCCGCCAAGUUCAGGGGCCAGCACAUUCGUGACACGGAUGCCUUCCGCGGCUGCAAGUUCCCCACUAAGAGGUCCAAGAAAGCCGGCCGCCAUUAAACAGUGCCUCACAGGGCCUGGAAUGUAAGAAAUGCUCAAAUGAAUAACCAGAUGCGUGAAUUAUAAAUAAUGCACAUAACCCAAUUAAAAAAUAAGCAAAGGACUUCAAUAGACAUUUUUCCAAAGAAGAUAUAUGAAUGGCCAACAAGCACAUGAAAUGUAAACUGAAACCACAAUUAAAUAGCACUUUGAGACCAAUCCUGGGUGUUCAUUGGAAGGACUGAUGCUGAGGCUGAAACUCCAAUACUUUGGCCACCUCCUGCGAAGAGUUGACUCACUGGAAAAGACUCUGAUGCUGAGAGGG